AUGGGUUCAAAGCCAGGUUAUACAGUUUCUGACCAAUGGAUUGGACAGCCAAGGCCCGUCCGGGUGGUGGUCAUAGGGGCUGGGAUCGGAGGUAUUGCUGCUGUGAAGCUCUUUCGUGAGACGUUUCGGGAUCGCCCGACAACUCUCGUCAUUUACGAGAAGAACAACGAUGUGGGCGGAACUUGGCUAGAAAACCGCUACCCGGGGGCCUAUGUAGGCGCCGAAGAGGUUUUAGAAUAUUACAAAGGCCGUGCGCAAGCUUAUGGAGUAUAUGAAUAUGUGAACUUCAAUCAUCGAGUGAUUGAGGCGAGAUGGGACAGUUACGUUGGCCAAUGGAAGCUCAAGAUUGAGAAAGAAGGCUCCAGUAUCAUUGAAGAUGAGUGCGAAGUUCUCAUUAAUGUUUGUGGAAUGCUCAACCAAUGGAAGUGGCCUAGCAUUGAUGGCCUAGAUACUUACAAAGGCCACCUAGUCCACUCAGCAAUUUGGGAUUCUAAUUAUUCAUUCAAGGGGAAAACCAUCGGCGUUAUUGGUUCUGGAUCUUCCGCUAUUCAGAUGGUGCCAAAGCUUCAAAAAGAAGCCAAAUUAUUGAUCUCUUUCAACCGGUCGCCUUCAUGGAUAACUCAAGAAUUUGGUGCAAAGUAUAUCCCAGAAGGUCGAGGACUCAUCUAUUCUGAUGAAGAGAGGGAAGCCUGGCGCAAUAAUCCCAACGAAUUUCUGAAGUUUCGAAAGGAAGUUGAAAGCAUCUCAAAUAAAUUUUGGCAUGCUAACUUCAAGGACGGACCCGUCCAAAAGGAGUUGUACAAGCAAACUCGGCAGGAUAUGGAGAAGGCCUUGGGGGGGAAUAUGGAUCUGAUAUCGAAAGUAGUACCUACAUUCGCUGUAGGAUGUCGAAGAGUGACUCCUGGCCAUGGCUAUCUUGAGGCUUUGGCCACAGACAACGUCAUCGUGAGAAACGAUGAAAUUAGACGCAUCACACCCACAGGCGUCCAGGUGGCUGAUGGAACCAACCUCGCUCUUGAUGCCAUCAUAUGUGCCACAGGCUUCGACAACUCGUUCCGCCCGUCAUUCUCACUUAUUGGAGAAAAUGGCGUGGAUUUGAGAGAUGAAUGGAGAGAAGAGCCUCGUGCAUAUCUUUCGGUAGCUGCAGCGGGAUUUCCAAAUUACUUUAUGGCUACAGGGCCAAACGUUCCGUUGGCAAACGGCUCAUUAGUUGCAUGUUUGGAGCAAACUCUGAAAUAUGCUUUCAGAGCAGUCGAAAAGAUACAGACCCAGGGAAUUAAAUCCGUGUCGCCGACUCGAGAAGCAGUCAACGAUUUCCAAGAGCAUAAAGAUGCGAUAAUGGAGAAAAUGGUGUGGACUUCACCAUGUCGUUCUUGGUACAAAAAUGGUAAGGUAGACGGCAAAGUCUGGGGGCCAUAUCCUGGCUCAGUGCCGCACUUCUUCGAACUCAUGAGCGAAACUCGAUGGGAGGAUUUCAAGAUUGAGUAUAGGAAUUCCAAAUCGAUUCCAAUAUCUAGGUAG